GCUUUUUUGUUGUGUGGACACACUUCUGCCGGUCACCGCGUUUUUUUGACAACUUAAAUAUUAAGAUGAAUUUCUACGUCUGCCUUCUGCAGGAGUGCACUAAUAGCAUACCAAAACUAAUACAAUAUGCCAAUGCCAACAACUACAAUGUGGUGGCUGUACCGAUCAAUGCCAAUAUGGUACCCCUGGAUCCAUACGAAAGGGAUCCCACAUACCCGGGCACGUUACUGAACGCUGUGGACUGGAACUCGAAGAUGAUUUUCAUGCUGUCCGAUGUGGAUGUCGAUUCCCCGAGCCCCAAGCUACGCGAGCAUUCCAAAAAGAUCCUACUCCGGGAUAUAGCUUGGGCCGAGCAUUUGCAGAAUGCUGGCUGCGUGAUGAAGCGACUGCACGGACCAAAUAUUGACAACCUGGCCGAGAUCAUAAAAGCCAAAACGAAAGGAAACUGGUUUAUUCAGGUACCAAUCAGCAACCCGACGAUGGGAAGCUUUGAGCAUCGCAAAGACGCCACAGAGGCGGAGAUAGCCGAGGCAGAGGCGAAUGAUCCAUGGACUUGGUGGAACAGCCUGCGCUUUGCCGUCAAGCACAGCAGCAAAGUGAAAGUUGUAAUUGAGCUGACGGACCUGGAUCGUCCCAGCAAGGAGACGGUUCGCCGAUGGCUAGGCGAGCCCAUCGAAGCAGUCAUCAUUCCUUCCAGUCUGUUUGUCCGAAACAAAUCCAACUACCAUGUCCUGCAGAAGAGUUGGCAAAUGAUCAUUGGCCACUUACUCGCGGCACGUGCCAACAUUAUAAUCUCCGCCAAUCCCAAUGACAUGUUCAUUUCCCAGUACGCCGAUUACCUGAGGAAACUCGCGAGUGACAACAACGAUACCCAUGUGCUGAACAGCUAUGAAAACCUUCUGGAGAUACCACUACAGCCGCUGUGCGAUAAUCUGGAUAGCUACACGUACGAAGUGUUCGAAUCGGAUCCAGUAAAGUAUAAACUCUACCAGGACGCUGUACAAGCGGCCCUGAUCGAUCGAGUAAGCGACAAAGAUGCACCAAAGAAGUUGACUGUGGUAAUGUUGCUGGGCGGAGGACGGGGUCCUCUAGCGCGUGCCAUUUUUAAUGCCGCGGAACUGACAAAGCGCAAGGUGCGGCUCUACAUCAUUGAAAAGAAUCCCAAUGCCAUUCGCACACUCUCCCACAUGGUACAGACGCUCUGGGGGGAUAAAGAUGUGCACAUAUUCUCCAAGGACAUGCGCGACUUUUCACCGCCUGAGCUGGCUGAUAUUCUCGUGUCCGAGCUGCUUGGCUCGUUUGGGGAUAACGAGUUGUCGCCAGAGUGCCUCGAUGGUGCCUUGAAGCUGCUCAAGGCAGAUGGCUUAAGCAUACCCUACAAGUCCACGUCGUACAUCAAUCCGAUUAUGUCCGCUGUGCUGCAUCAGAAUGUCAGCCAGUUGGUCAGCACCGUGCCAGCCUUCGACUAUGGCUAUGUGUCGCUCCUCAAGAACAUCUAUCACAUUGACACACCCCAGGCGCUGUUUGAAUUCGCGCAUCCAAAUCGCGUUAUGCCCAUUGACAAUACACGCUGCAAGGAGAUCUCUUUCACUGCCCAAAAGGACUGUGUGCUGCAUGGCAUUGGCGGCUAUUUCGAUACAAUGCUCUAUAAGGAUAUCCAUCUGAGUAUUAAUCCGCUGGCGCACACGCCCGGCCUGUUCUCAUGGUUUCCAAUGUUCUUUCCCACUCAUCCUCGGACUCUCAAGGAGGGGGAGACAAUCUCAGUGAAGUUCUGGCGCUGCAUUGACGCGGACAAGGUGUGGUACGAGUGGCAGGUCAGCACACGAGAGGCCUGGGAGCAUCACAAUGCCGGUGGUACCGGCUACCACAUGCGACUUUAGACCCAAUUAGGAAUGUUAGGAAAACUUGACCACAAAUGCAAUAUUUACAAUCCAGAAUUUGGGGGAAUAAAUAAAUCGCUCUGUAAUUAA